UCACCCACUGCCCACUGCCCACUGCCCACUGCCCACUGCCCAGCCACCUUCUUCUCCUUUCCUCUCCUCUAUAUAUAUACCAAACCAUCUCUCUUUGAUUUCCAUCACUGCUAUAUAUAAUAGUGUCUCCCAGACUGCAGCUCCUGCAGGCAAUAAUCUCACAUAGAAGCUGAUAAUGUCUCCAGCGGCAAGGGAUUCAAUUAAGCCGAGAGAUGUUUGCAUUGUCGGUGUUGCCCGAACUCCUAUGGGUGGCUUUCUUGGUUCUCUUUCAUCAUUGUCGGCAACCAAGCUUGGAUCUAUUGCUAUUGCAAGUGCUCUGAAGAGAGCAAAUAUCGAUCCAUCACUUGUUGAGGAAGUCUUCUUUGGGAAUGUGCUAAGCGCAAACUUGGCUCCAGCCAGGCAGGCAGCAAUAGGUGCAGGUAUCCCAAAUACAGUGGUUUGCACGACUGUCAACAAAGUCUGCGCCUCAGGGAUGAAAGCAACUAUGCUUGCAGCACAAAGUAUCCAGUUGGGCACCAAUGAUGUGGUUGUGGCUGGUGGCAUGGAAAGCAUGUCUAAUGUCCCAAAGUACCUGUCAGAAGCAAGGAAAGGAUCCCGACUUGGACAUGAUUCUGUUGUUGAUGGAAUGCUGAAAGAUGGAUUGUGGGAUGUUUAUAAUGACUUUGGCAUGGGCGUUUGUGCUGAAUUAUGUGCUGAACAACAUAAUAUUACAAGAGAGGAGCAGGAUAAUUAUGCAGUCCAAAGCUUUGAGCGUGGAAUUGCUGCUAAAGAUAGUGGUUACUUUACAUGGGAGAUUGUUCCAGUUGAAGUGUCUGGGGGAAGAGGAAAACCACCUAUUAUUAUAGAUACGGAUGAAGGUCUAGGAAAGUUUGAUGCUGCAAAGUUAAGGAAGCUAAGACCAAGUUUUAAGGAAACUGGUGGUUCUGUCACAGCUGGAAAUGCUUCUAGCAUAAGUGACGGUGCUGCUGCUCUCGUUUUAGUAAGUGGAGAGAAGGCUAUGAAACUUGGGCUGGAAGUCAUUGCAAAGAUCACAGGAUAUGCUGAUGCUGCUCAGGCACCAGAAUUAUUUACGACAGCUCCAGCUCUAGCCAUUCCAAAAGCAAUUAAAAAUGCUGGAUUAGAAUCAUCUCAAAUAGACUAUUAUGAAAUCAAUGAAGCCUUUGCAGUUGUGGCUCUUGCAAAUCAGAAGCUAUUGGGUCUGAAUCCGGAGAAAGUUAAUGUACAUGGUGGAGCUGUAUCAUUAGGGCAUCCUCUAGGUUGUAGUGGAGCUCGUAUCCUAGCCACACUUUUGGGGGUAUUGAGGCAGAAAAAUGGAAAAUAUGGAGUUGGUGGUGUUUGCAAUGGAGGCGGAGGUGCUUCAGCCCUUGUCUUGGAGCUUGUGUAAUAUUUUUCACAUUUCGCUUUAAAGGUCUGGUUUGACAGAAUGAUGUCUACCUCCGUUCACAGAUCUCUUUCGAACUUGCAAGACAGCAUAUUAUCCCUGGUUGCUAGCAUAGCCAAACAUUAAAGAAAUGAAUGCCAGAAUGGAGUAUAUUUCUGUACCAUCUUCAUGUUUAGGUGAAAUUUCCUACUUUUUUUGGCUGUCUUCUUCUGUAACCCAAUAACUGAGACCGUAGAAGGGAGUGUAUGACUACUCCUGCAGUGUGUAUUAUUGGAAUAAGUAUUUCUGCUGCAAAUUUCAAUCUCAGUUCAUCUUUCUGGCUUUAUGUUUCUGUAGCACAGAGACAGACAACCUUAAAUUGGAUUUUAAGCAACUUCUUCUGUUGCUGAGCUACAACUGAGAAAUCAUCCUGGAGAACAUUGUGCUUUACUUUUA